ACUGGAAUUUUGUCUCUCGGACAACACUGCGCAAACUCAUCAGGACAACUUCGUGAAGAAAGACGGAUGCUGUGUGAACGCGGAUGCCCAAAGUGAACCUCGAAAAGUAUACUGAGAACAGAAUACAGAAGUGUGAAUAAAUUGAGAGUCUUGCUCUGAUACCAUUAACUUUUUACCCUAAUGUGAAUGGUGAGUCUCGUUGCCACCUAUUAAACGGCCACUGGGAGUCUAACCGAGGCGGGGAACGUCGUCACAUCAGCAGGCAACAGCAGACACUACCACUGUGAGAGAAGAGUGGUGGGAGUAGGACGACGUUGGGAUGCUUGCGUGUCUGUGUGGUGCAGGCCAGACAUACAGUGAAGAGGAGUGGCAGCAAUGUUGCCUGGUGUUGGUGUGUUUGGCACAGGGAGUACGGCACGGGUGCUAGUUCCAUUGCUGCGGGGGGAAGGGUUUGAGGUACAUGCGCUCUGGGGGAGGAGUGAGGAGGAGGCAAGCUCCCUGGCGCAGGAGCUGGGCAUUCCGUUUCACACCAGUCAAUCGGACGAUGUCUUAUUGCACCCUGAUGUUGACCUGGUCUGCGUCUACAUCUCACCCCCACUCACACGGCAGAUUGCCGUCAAAGCCCUGGGGAUAGGUAAGAAUGUGGUAUGUGAGAAGGCUGCUACCGCUGUGGACGCGUUCAAGAUGGUGACUGCGGCGCGGUACUACCCCCAGUUGCUGAGCAUUGUGGGUAAUGCUCUGCGCUUCCUCCCAGCGUUCGUAGCAAUGCGGCAGCUGCUGGCAGAAGGAUAUGUGGGUGAGCUGCAGGUGUGUGAUGCCCGUGUCUAUGGCCCCAGUCUGCUCGAUCAAUCAUACGGCUGGACCUGCGAGGAGCUGAUGGGGGGUGGCGGGCUCCACACGUUUGGCUCUACCCUCGUGGACCUGCUGAGUCACCUGACGGGAGCACGUGCGAUGCGGGUGCACGGCCUUCUCCGGACGUUCGUGGGGCAGAACGGAGCGAUCCACGGGAUCCGCCGCGUCACCAGCGAUGACUUCAGCUUCUUCCAGAUGCUGAUGGGAGGGUCUGCUUCUGGUAGAGGAGCGGGGACUGGGACUGGGUCAGGAGUGUGCUGCACUGUGACUCUGAACUUCAACAUGCCGGGGGCCUUUGUCCACGAGGUGAUGGUUGUUGGGUCAGCAGGGAGGCUGAUUGCCAGGGGGACAGAGCUGUAUGGGCAGCGCAAUGGAGGGAAAGGGGAGGAGCUGCUGCUAGGGGACAGCGGAGGGAUGGGACAAGAGGUCAAGGAUGUCCCCCUGCCACACCUGCGGGGGCUAGGCUCCAUGGUUACGGCUCUAAAAUAUGCUUUCCAGGCACAGAAGGAGCGUCGGUCGUGGGCGCGGGGGCCGGUUGCUAUGGCGUCGACGUUUGAGGAUGGGCUGUACGUGCAGACGGUGGUGGAGGCGGUGAAACGGUCAAGCCGCAGCGGAGAGUGGGAAAGUGUGGAGGUCAUGACACAGGAACCAGAUCCCAACCAAAACCUCUGUGAGGUGCUGCAGAUAAACAAGAUCUGAGUACUCGUUUAUAUAGACACACACUAAUAUAAAUUACCUACAGACAGCUUCUAUGGCCUGUCUUGAGGAGACUGUCCCCUAUCAACCACUACCCUGUGUCUGGCGACCUCUUCCGUGCAUCAGGGCCACACUCAAAGCCACAGCAUCCUGCCCUGCAAGAACCCACAGCCAGGCAGACUGGUGGGCACACCUUCUACUGGAUGUGAACUCUUCUUCUCAGCAGAGUUUUUGUGUGUGCAUGCCUGUGUGCGUUUUUACAUUUUCCAGACAAUCCGACCCUAGUUCACCUUAACGACACACAUUCCUAUCAAAUCAGUGAACACCUUGAAGGAGGAAGUGUUUAGUAUUCAUGCUACAGUUUCUCACUGUGCCUCACUACUUCUGCCGAUGAAAGAAAUGUUUGGAGUUGUUCACAUACAUGUCACAGAUGAAAUGUUGGAUUUUCUCUUAAACAAAUGUGUAUUAUACACACAAAAAACAUAGUUACUUUUACAUAGUAACUUACUAACUCAAGAAUUUCAUUUAAAAAAUCGAACUUUACAACUUCUCGUAGAGUGUACAAGAUGCGUAUCAUCAUCAGACUGCCAUCACAGCAGUUACUCAUAUGCAACCUCCCUUGACUUUCAGUUAAUUAUUAUUUGAUAUAUGUUUUUGUAUUUUUUUAUUAUAUUGAUUGUUGAUCUAAUUUUCCAUAUCAGCAUCUCCUGUAUUGAUAAAAUGCUACUACAACCCUGUGCUGUGUACAAGCCUGUGAAUAGAAUGUGUCUGAAUAUAUGGUGGAAAGACUACUGUAUUUAUUUCAUUUUUACUUUUGCGUUUUUACUAAGGCUAUUUUAUUUAAGUAGUAUGUGUUCUGCAAGUGGAAAUGUGUCUGAUAAGCUAUAAGAAGUUUGUUAAUGGAUAUUUAUAUUUUGUUUUAAGUUAUUUCAGUUUUACUUGGUGUUAUCACUGUUAGACACAAUACCUGUGAUUUUGUUUUCAGUGGAGGGGACAGAGGCUGUGAAAACAUACCGUGCACUCCUGUCACCUCCCAAGUUAAUAAAUAUCUGACUAGUA